UUUAAUUAGACAUGAAAAUUCAAGAGAGAUUCGGCAGCCUCGCAAUACUCACUUGUACAACUGACACUGCUAAACGUUGCAAGCAGAGCUGCUGUAGAGCUAUAUAAAGCACUGUAUGAAAUCCAGAUUUGUCGAAGAAGCGCUGCUUCGUGACUGAAGAGAAGUGAAAGAGGCGUACGCCAUGGCUAGCGAUAGGGUUCCGGUUGAGAUCACCAAAGGAAUCAAUGGCCUCGAGAAGGUCGUUCUUCGUGAGCCUCGUGGCAGCUCCGCUGAGGUGUAUUUGUAUGGGGCUCAUGUGACGUCUUGGAAGAAUGAUCAUGGAGAGGAGUUGCUUUUUGUCAGUAGUAAGGCCAUAUUCAAGCCUCCAAAGCCAAUUCGUGGUGGAAUUCCAAUAUGCUUUCCACAAUUUUCAAAUCUUGGAACACUUGAGCCGCAUGGAUUUGCUAGAAAUAGAUUUUGGACCCUUGACUCUGACCCUCCUCCUCUGCCAGCAAACUCCUCCAUUAAGACUUUUGUUGAUUUGAUCCUCAGGCCCUCCGAAGAAGAUAUAAAAAUUUGGCCUCAUAGCUAUGAGUUCCGUCUGAGGGUGGCUUUAGGACCUGGAGGAGAGCUGACAUUGACCUCCCGCAUCAGGAAUACCAACAGUGAUGGAAAGCCAUUUACCUUCACAUUUGCUUAUCACACUUACUUCUCUGUUCCGGACAUCAGUGAAGUCCGGGUGGAAGGAUUGGAGACCCUGGACUAUCUUGACAAUUUGCAGAAUAGAGAGCGUUUUACGGAACAAGGAGAUGCAAUAACAUUUGAAUCAGAAGUUGACAAGAUAUAUUUGAGCACUCCUACAAAGAUUGCAAUUCUUGAUCAUGAAAAGAAGAGAACUUUUGUUUUACGCAAGGAUGGACUUCCAGAUGCUGUGGUAUGGAACCCCUGGGAUAAGAAGGCAAAGGCUAUGGCUGAUUUUGGAGAUGACGAGUACAAACAUAUGCUGUGCGUUGAGGCUGCUGCUAUCGAAAAACACAUCACCCUGAAACCUGGUGAGGAAUGGAGAGGACGGCUGGAACUGUCUACUGUUCCCUCCAGCUACUGUAGCGGGCAACUUGAUCCCCAGAAAGUUCUAUUGGGCAGCUAAAGAUCCAGUGUUCUGGUUUAUAUUCUGUACAGGUAUUCUGUUCCAAAAUGUUGAUGCCAGUUUUUCUGCUCCUUGAAAAAUUUUCAUCUCUUUGGGUGGAAGAAUGGAUUCUUGAGUAGCUGCUAGGACCUGCCAAAUAAUUCUACCUUUUUUUGACUCUUGUUCUCUUUUACAGAACAAUUUGGUGAUAUGUCUUGAAAUGGGAGCAAACAAGCCUAAAUAGAAUGGUGAAACAAUUACUUCUGCUAUGUUGGAUGUGAAAUAUUUUUAUUUAAAAGGUCAAUUCUGCUAUGCUGGAUGUGAAAUAAUUACUUCUUUAAGAUACAGGUUGCCAAUGAAUUCAUAUUUAAUGCGCAUUUUAAAAUGCGCACA